AUGGCUGCGCCGAAGGCCACAUUGGACAGUAGCAGUGGAUCCGAGGAUACUGUGAAAUCUGAAGGAGGAGAGGAGCAUAUAACAAUACGCAAAAAACGUGCUCACCGCGUGGUUGCUUCGCCGUCGGAAUACAUAAAAAUCCGGAUACCACCUUUCUGGCCGGAAGAUCCGGAACUAUGGUUCGCCCAAAUAGAAGGCCAGUUUGAGAUUGCAGGAGUGGUGUCUGAAAACACCAAGUUCUUCUACAUCACAAGCAGCCUAAGCAACCAGUAUUCCAAGGAAGUCAAAGACAUAAUUACUUCACCGCCGGAAUCCAACCGAUACACCAAAUUAAAAGAGGAGUUGAUAAAGCGGCUGUCAGCAUCCCGUGAUAGGAAGAUCCAACAACUCCUCAAACAUGAGGAGCUGGGCAACCGGAAGCCAUCCCAGUUUUUACGCCACUUGAUAGGCUUAGCAGGAUCUUCGGUGCCCGAGGACUUCAUCAAAAGCAUCUGGUGCAGCAGACUGCCCGCCAGCAUCCAGACGCUGAUAGCAUCACAGCCAGCAGGAUCUCUCGAGGACCUGGCGGACUUGGCUGACCGCGUAUGUGAUAUCGUCUCGCCAGUACCGCAGGUUUCCACUUCCAGCGCUGCUCCAACAACUUCUGUCCACAGCGUCGAGUCCAUGGCAUUGGAGAUAGCCGAACUGAAGGAAGCAGUCAAAAACUUGACCAUGCAGCUGAAUAGACGAGAUAGACAGCCCCGACGAAGACAAACUGAGCGUUCCACCAGUCGUCGGCGCAACCGCUCUCAAUCAAGCUACAGGAAGUACCCAGCUUGUUGGUACCAUGCCAAGUUCGGGUCGAAUGCGACAAAAUGUGUCAAGCCCUGCAACUUCGCCUCGGAAAACCAACAGAGCGGUCGGUAA